CCUGCAAGCUUGCUCAUUGUCCGAUUGGUCUUGCGAGCUGGCCAGAGAUUUUUUUAAAUAUAUAUAUUCACGAUAGUCAUAUCAGGUGCAUUACUGAUCUAGGAGACUACUUCUAGUGUAACUGUAAACAUGAGCAAGAGAAAGGCACCACAAGAAACUCUGAAUGAGGGAAUCACGGACUUUCUCAUCGAGUUGGCCAAUUAUGAAAAAAAUGUGAAUAGGGCAAUUCAUAAAUACAAUGCAUACAGGAAAGCCGCAGCUGUAAUUGGCAAGUACCCUCAAAAAAUCAAAAAUGGAACUGAAGCAAAAAAAUUGGACGGAGUUGGAGCCAAAAUCGCAGAGAAGAUUGACGAGUUUCUGACAACAGGGAAACUACGUAAGAUAGAAAAAAUCCGUAAUGAUGACACUAGCUCUUCAAUCAAUUUCCUCACGAGAGUCACAGGCAUUGGGCCGGCUGCUGCGAGAAAGUUCUUUGAUGAGGGGGUGAAGACCUUGGAAGAUCUGAAGAAAAUUGAACACAAAUUGAAUCACCACCAACAGAUUGGCCUGAAGUACUUUGAGGAUUUUGAGAAGCGUAUUCCUCGUUCGGAGAUGUCAAAGAUGGAGUCCCUUAUUCUUAAGGAGCUGGAUUUGGUGGACCCAGAGUACAUUGGCACCAUCUGUGGAAGCUACAGGAGAGGUGCAGAGUCGAGUGGUGAUAUUGAUAUCCUGCUGACCCACCCGGACUACACCUCCGAUACAGAGAAACAGCCCAAGUUGCUGCAUGCAGUGGUGGAACAUUUGGAGUCCAUUGGCUUUAUCACUGAGACUCUGUCCAAAGGAGAUACCAAAUAUAUGGGUGUGUGUCAGCUGCAGUUAAAGGAUGAUCCAGAUGUGACGGAGGAGAACCCCCACAGACGCAUUGACAUCAGGCUCAUUCCUAAGGAUCAGUAUUUCUGUGGUGUGCUCUAUUUCACCGGCAGUGACGUCUUCAACAAGAACAUGAGGACCCACGCGCUGGAGAAGGGCUUCACCCUCAACGAGUACACCAUCCGCCCACUAGGGGUCACUGGUAUGGCUGGGGAGCCCCUGCUGGUGGACAGUGAGAAAGACAUCUUUGACUACAUCCAGUGGAAAUACAAAGAACCCAAGGACCGCAGCGAAUAAGUACACGACAGAGAGAGGGAAGAGAAGAAUGGAUGGAUGGAUAACAUGACAAAGAGACAGGGGGAGAUAAAAGAGCUGGCAAAAUGAGUCUGAGAACCAGUAUUUACCCUAUUCAUGUGUUUAUUUAAGUUGCAUUUCCUAUAUUGAUGAUGUGUCGUGUGUGUCUGUGUAUGACUGAGUGACUGUAUGAGUGACCAAGUAUAAUGUAGAUGUGUGCUAAGUAGGCUGGAUGGGAUUGAGGGUAUGUAUUGAUAUUUGUCAGAUUCCAGGGAUGUUACAGCAAUGUGCAGCACACAGGAGUAUUCUGUGUGUGGCCGUCUUCAUUGCUCACAACUAUAGAAGUCCUGGAUGUUUUAUGGGAAACCUUUAAGACGCAACUACAUGGAGCCCCACACACCCACAUUUGGGAAACAUGUCGGCCAUGCAGUCACUUUUCCAUCCAUUUAUCAGAGGCAGAGAUGGAGGAUGAACAAACAAGUCUCCUGUGUCACUCCUGAGCCCACACACACCAAGCGUUCUAGACCCUUGUGAGACUGGGAGGAAUGAGUAAGCCAGCAGAUAGGGAAACACAGACCGGGACUUCAUCAGAACAUCUUCCUUCAUUGUGACUGCACUGAAACAUUUAGUCAGCAUAAAACCUGCCCAGCAACACCACUUGGUCACAUGUGGUCUGACUGCAAAGCUGAACUAAAGUAUGAUGUAAAAAAGAGAGAAUUUCAUUUCUUAUGAUGGUAAAGUGGUUUGCCUAUUUUUUAUUAUUAUAUAUUUUUAUUAUUUUUAAGUGCUACAGUCAGAACAGUCAUGGAUGUUACAUGAGGAUAACAGGAUCAGUGGAACUGCCUUCAGAACAAAAUGUGAAAACAUUGAAGGGCUAAAAAAAGAGGAAGAAUGAUGUGAUACCUUUACUAUAACAUUUGUUACAGUCAGUCAGUUACAGAAAGAGUAGAGUGCAUGGUUUGCUUGUUUUAAGGAAACAGUGUAUUUAAAGUAUGACUGUGUGGGGUUAGUGAGAAAUAAAAAAAUGAAAAUGG